AUGGCGACCCUCUCCAAGCUUCCCCCGGAGUUGAUCCGUGAGAUCUGCCUCCACAUCCACGAGCACGAUCUUGACCAGCCCGACAAUCAGCAAAACUGGAUUAUUCCUCAGAAAGCCCUAGCCUCGCUGUGCAAGGUCUCAAAAGCUUUCUGCAAUACAGCGCAGCCCAUCCUAUUCCGAAGAGUUCACAUCACAGUCAGACGGCAAAAUCUGAUCCCCCACAACACCAAGCUUAUUGCUCUGCUGAGGGUUCUGAUCAAGCGACCCCAUUUGGGGGAGCAAAUUCGCCUGCUGAAGCUAUCUGUCCACGAAGCCGGUCACCACUGGAUAAACCGCCUCAACCUCACGAAGCCCGUUGCAUUCAUACCACUGGAAGAGGAUGAUUUCCAGCUAUUCACGAAUGCUGCAAAGAGAGAAAGCUGGAUGGGGGAUCUCAGCGCCCAUUGGGACAACAGCUUUCUUUCAGAAGAACAAGUACUUUUGCAGCUUUCUCUAGCAAAAAUGCCCAGCUUGAACGAGAUGCAGCUGGCGAUUCCCAAUGAGACUAUCAGCAGUUCCAUGUUCUCUCAUGGCUUCCGCCAGGCUAUGGCGGAGAACAAGGUCUUGAAACAACUCAGGGCAGUGCACAUGCACGGUUUCCCUGAUUUCAUCCCUGAAAUGAGGUAUAUUGUUAUGCGUGAACUUCAACCCUUUCUCUUCCUUCUCCAACCGCAGGUCACAAAACUUCAUGUUGAGAAUUGUCUCGGUCACUGGGAACCUAUCGCCUGGCCUGAAUUUGCCCAACUCGCCCACGUCAAGCAUCUCACCAUGCAUAAUUGCGGGCUGACACAAUGGGACUUCGACAUUUUUAUCACAGCAUGUCGCAGCCUCGAGAGUGUUGCCUACACAGCCCACCCAAUUGGAAGCCACACCAGGGAGCAAGAAUCACCACAGAACUAUGUGGCGGGCCUACAACGGCACUCGCACUCAAUCAAAGAUCUGCACUUGGUAGUGAACCCCAAGAAGCAGAAUGAGAUGUGGAAGGCUGGAUACAGCUCUUUUGAGUCCUUUGAGAGCCUCGAGUCACUCACGAUCUCCCCCAGCGACUUUGGAGAAACCUUCAUUGUUCCCGGCACUCUUGGACCAAAGGCACUCUCGCAGACACUGCCCAAAAGCUUGAAGCAUCUCAUGGUAAAGCGAUGGUGCUGGCCUAUGAGGAUUGACGUCGACUGGUUGGCCCAAGCUGCCUGCCGAGGAGAGCUGGAGAACCUCGAGACGCUUGACAUCGAGUAUUGCCUGAGCGCAACAAAAGACCCGAUUUCUAUGGCAAACAACCUCAGAACGGAACUCGAGAGAAUCAAGGGUGGCCCUAUCACGUUCUUCAUUCGCCUGCGAAAGCUAGGGAAUUCACACAAGGAUGCGCUUUGGUAG